AUGAAACGACAAAUAGCGAAUCGUGGCAGGAUCUGCAAGUAAGAUAUAGUAGUUGACAAGGGCAAAAUAGGAAAUUCACAAUCUCAAUAAUGCAGACUAUGCUCGCAAUAUAAAGAGCUUUGAUCAUGACCAAUUCAAAGAUCAAACACACUAGACCUCAAGGCUCAAUUCUCAAAUCCAAUGCCCAACUCAUCACGAGCUAUCCCUGAAAAUGACAGAAAUGCCCUCGUACGUUGUUGGAAACCCUAUUUUCGAGCCUUACAAGCCCAAGAAACAACAAUACAAAUUGUACUCUUCGUUGCUCCCGAUCAUCUUAUCUAUCUUCACCUACAUUUUGAUCUUCCACGUUCUCGACGUGUCUCCUUUGUCGAUCUUCAACGACACGAAGAUCUUGUUUGUCAUCUCCAACGCACUUAUCAUCAUCAUAGCCGCCGAUUACGGAGCAUUCACUGAUAAAGAGAACCACGAUUUUUACGGAGAAUACACAGCCUCGAUGACAAGAGGUGCACGAGAAAACCCUAGACCGGAAAACUUGGGAUAUCGGGUGGAUAUGGCGGAAGAAAUCAAGAACCGUGAGAAACAAGAAGAACUAACGGGAGAAAGAGACUUACAACUUCAGUAUUUGCCUAACAAGAAAGCGAAAGUUCCUGAGAGAAUCAUUCAAGCCGUGAGCAAGAACCAACCGAGAAACACAACUAUCCAAAAGUUCGAGCCAAUGACUGAGAAAAACAUUCCUAUAAAAGCUGCCAAAGAAGAAACUUGCACAGCAAGAAAGGUGAACUCUAAACCGUACGGGAGAAGCAAAUCGGAUAAGGCUCGUGGGUCAAUGGUAACCAAGGAAAGCCGUCGUCAAGACAUCAAACAUAGACCUAAAAGUUACGAUCGAAGCCAGUCGGAUAGCUCGAAAUGGAUGGUUGUUCACAAGGUGACAAAGGCUGAGGAGAUGGAGAUGGCGACGAAGAAGUGGGAGAAUGUAAGAGAAGAGUCGGAGGAGUUCUCGAAGAUGUCAAACGAGGAGUUGAACAGACGAGUCGAAGAUUUCAUCCAACGGUUCAAUCGAGAUAUCAAACGACAAAUUUAGUUUAAUGUAAUUUGUUGUUGUACCGAUACGGCAAAUUUAGUCAACCUUUUUGUGUCAUUUCCUUCUUCUUCUUUUUUGUCAUUCUUGCAUCUUGUUUAUUAUAUCUAUUUUGCAUGUUUGUGCAUUUGUCGUUAGAGUUGGUAAUGAGAUCAUGGAGAUAAUUAAUCGUUAGUUUAAUUUC